AUCUGAGUCCUCUUCUUUGAUUUAACGUUCCGCUCACCUUCAAAGCAUCCCUCGAAAACGGUUUCUUUGACGAACAUAGUCUACUUUUUUCCUUCUCAUUCAGUCACUUCAAUCGAAGAAAAAAAAUGGCAAUGAAUUUGGGACAACAGAUUGGAACUCUUUCCGGCAAACAAAUUCCGACGGAAUUCGCCUCCGGAGAACAACCAUCAUCAGCAACAGCGAGUCCAUCGGCAGUUUGGAAAUCACCCGCCGGGAAUCUCCGAUCCAAUAGCCCCCAAGAAAAUGCAUCCCCACCUAUGUUAACACCGCCACUCACACCGAACAGCGCCGGGGAGUGGUCGUAUUUGAUCAACCUCCCAAUGCUGCGUCCGGAUCUUUCAGUAGCAUGCCAGGCAUUCGCGACGUCGUCGCCGCUGGAGAUGACGGUGGAAGAGGUGGCGGGGACGGCGGAGUGGACAGAUGGAGGUAGGAAGGAUGAGAAGAAAGGAGUGUCAGUGUUCGUGAUGAUGCCGUUGGAUAGCGUGACGAAUGGGAACACGGUCAAUAGGAAGAAGGCGAUGAAUGCUAGUCUUCACGCUUUGAAAAGCGCCGGUGUGGAGGGGAUAAUGAUUGACGUUUGGUGGGGACUGGUGGAGAGGGAAGCUCCGGGUGCUUACAAUUGGGGUGGUUACACCGAGCUCCUCGAUAUGGCCAAGAAACAUGGCCUCAAAGUCCAGGCCGUCAUGUCGUUCCAUCAGUGCGGCAGCAACGUCGGUGACUCUUGCACUAUUCCAUUGCCAAAAUGGGUAAGGGAAGAGAUGGAGAAAGAUUCAGACCUUGCAUACACAGAUCAAUGGGGAAGAAGGAAUUACGAAUACGUUUCACUGGGUUGCGAUUCUCUACUGGUCUUGAAAGGCCGGUCUCCAGUUCAAUGUUACGCUGAUUUCAUGCGUGCCUUUAAGGACAACUUCAAACAUCUACUUGGUGACACCAUUGUGGAAAUUCAAGUGGGAAUGGGUCCGGCAGGUGAGCUUCGGUAUCCUUCAUACCCUGAGGAAAAUGGGAUAUGGAAGUUCCCUGGAAUUGGAGCCUUCCAAUGUUAUGAUAAGUAUAUGCUUAGCAGCCUAAAAGCAGCUGCAGAAGCAGCAGGUAAGCCAGAAUGGGGUAGCACAGGCCCGACAGAUGCCGGUCACUACAAUAGUUGGCCUGAAGAUACGCCAUUUUUCAAGAAAGAUGGUGGUGGUUGGAACAGCCAGUAUGGUGAAUUCUUUCUUUCAUGGUAUUCUCAAACUCUAAUUGAACACGGUGAGCGAAUUCUAUGUUCGGCAUCCUCUGUUUUUGAAGCUACAGGAGUGAAGAUCUCUGUAAAAGUUGCCGGUAUUCACUGGCACUAUGGAAGUCGAUCACAUGCUGCUGAACUCACUGCAGGGUACUACAACACAAGGUUCCGAGACGGCUACCUCCCGAUGGCUCAAAUGGUAGCUCGAUAUGGUGCUGUUUUCAAUUUCACUUGUAUAGAAAUGCGAGAUCAUGAGCAGCCACAAGAUGCCCUAUGUGCACCGGAGAACCUAGUUCGACAAGUGGGUUUAGCUACCAAAGAAGCACAAGUUCCACUUGCCGGGGAGAAUGCACUGCCCCGAUACGACGAAUCGGCGCAUGAGCAGAUCUUAAAAGCGUCAUCAUUGAAUAUUGAUGGAUCCUCAAAUGAUAGGCAGAUGUUUUCGUUUACAUACUUGAGGAUGAACCCGUCACUCUUUCAGCCGGACAACUGGAGACGGUUUGUAGCUUUCGUGAAGAAGAUGAACGAAGGAAAAGAUAGCCGUCGGUGUUGGGAGCAAGUGGAGAGGGAAGCUGAACAUUUUGUUAAUGUCACCGAGCCUUUCGUUCAAGAGGCUGCCCUCAUGCCUUGAUCAAGGAGAUAAUUUUUGUCCGACAUAGUAGCUUAUAAGUAUAACCGUAUAGUUCAAUUUUCCCUCUAAUAUAUAUUAAGCAUGUAAAUUCAUCUCACAUCGAAUACGAAAAGGAAGAAACAAAGAAAAAAAUAUCUGUAGGCAUGUAAACGGGUCUAUUACAAGUCCCACCAGAAAUUUUUUUAUGACGAGAAUACCCCUAAGGCACUAUCCUCUAGUUUUUUUCGUUUACUGUUUUAUUGUCACAAAACAUGUUGUAUAAGGAGUUCGGUGUAAUUUGCAUAAAAUUUGUACGUCUUUCAAAAUUUUUGGGUAUUUGAUUAAA